AUGUCGCAACUAUUUGUACAAGAUGAAUCUGAUGAAGAAGAACUACAAUUAGAGCUUUCCAAACAAGUGAACGCUGAGCAAGCAGGAAGAUUAAGGGAACAUGAUUUGGAUUUGCCAAAACAGCCACCCAACCAUGACAUUGAGGAGUCUCAGGCUGAUGCUAAAUCCGCUGAACCAGUUCUGUAUCCACUAAUACCUAAUCAAGAGGAAGGAGAUCAAAAUUAUAAACCUAAUAUAGAGGAUAUUAGAGCUGUAGAUGUCCAGUUGACAUUACCAUUGGUGUUCCAGCAACAAGUCGUAGAGAAUGUCCUCGUUACAGAGAAUCCACUGGUAAUAAUGGGUAAGGGACUUGGGAUGAUAAAUAUUAUAGCGAACUUAUUGCAUGUGCUGUCAGUUCCAACGAAAAUUGAGGGCCGUUUGAAGAGAUCAUUAGUGAUAGUUCUUAACGCCAGUUCUCGUGAUAACGAACGAAUACAAGAAGAACUACAAGAGUUAUCCUGGGUUUCCGUGGAGGAUUCUGGGAUUGAAGCCAAUGAUCUGGAUGAUGAUGGAAUGUCACCUUUUGAAAGAACAUUCAGUAUAGUUACUGCAGAAUCAUCUAGCGUAGAAAAGAGAAGAAAACUUUAUUUGACCGGUGGUAUAGUUAGUGUCACAUCAAGAAUCUUAAUUGUGGAUUUGUUAUCGGGAAUUCUCCAUCCAAAUAGAGUAACAGGUAUGGUCGUAUUGAACGCAGAAAAUUUGAAGACACACUCAAACGUAUCUUUUAUUUUAGAAAUUUACAGAUCUAAAUAUCAAUGGGGAUUUAUACAGGCCUUUUCAGAAUCACCAGAAUCCUUUGUCAUGGAGUUUUCCCCAUUAUUUACUAAAAUGAAGGAACUAGGAUUGAAAAAUGUCUUACUUUGGCCACGGUUCCGUGUAGAAAUCUCAUCAUGUUUGAAUGCAUUAUCUAAAAGUGGCUCUAACAACACUAAUUCGGUCAUUGAAGUAAAGGUUUCAUUGACCAAUUCCAUGUCACAAAUCCAAUUCGGUUUAAUAGAAUGUCUUAAAAAGUGUAUUGAAGAAUUAAACAGAAAAAAUCCAGAAUUAUCGUUGGAAUGGUGGAACAUUGAUAAUGCUCUUGACAUCAAGUUUUUAAGGUCCAUCGAUUUUAUCAUGAUUCCCAAUUGGCAUCGGAUAUCAUUUGAAUCAAAACAAUUAGUGAAAGAUAUCAAAUUCUUAAAAAAUCUUUUAAGGACUUUUUUUAACGCUGAUGCAGUAGAUUUCUACGAGAAUAUUCAAUUAAGUUUAGAGGCAAAUAAACCUUCCGUAUCCAGGAAAUAUACAGAAUCCCCCUGGUUAAUGGCAAAUGAAUCGCAAUUAGUUAUAUCAUAUGCCAAAAAGAGGGUCGUUGACAAUAACGAAUAUUCAUUGGAAGAAAUGCCCAAGUGGGAACAACUAAUAAAUAUUCUAGAUGAUAUUGCACAUGAAAGAACAACAAGAGAUGUCCAAGGCACAACUUUGAUCGUGUGUUCUGAUACUAGUACGUGCAUACAGCUUUCAAGAAUCCUAUUCAACUCAGAUAGGAAAAAUGGUAUAAGAAAGUUCAUGCUGGGUAAAUUAAAUCGUUAUAAGUCAUUAAGAGAAGAACGUAAGGCAAUAAUGCUGGAAGCGCAAUCAAAAGAUAAUAAAACGAAUGCCGAGUUAAAUGUCAGUGCAGCUUUUGCGAAAGAAGAUAUUAUUACCAAGAGAAGGAGAACGAGAGGCGCUUCAGUUGUAGCAGCUGUCGAGCGCUUAAGGACCGCUGGUACUGGCGAGGACAUUGAAACUAAAAUUGAAGAUUAUGACUUAGAACAGGAAUUAACUAAAAUACAUGGUACAGAGUAUGAUGUAGAUCUUGAUGAAGAAAACCUUGAUGAAAUAAAAAUUGAUGAUAUAGACUCAGAAUUUGCUGUUCUGCCCUCCAAGAAAGAAGAGGAAAUCCUUCCUGCUGCUCAUGAUGGUGUAACUGAAGAGUUAUGGAAAGAGAGAAUGGAGAAUUUUGAAUACAUCAAUCGAAAUAAGCAAAUUAUUAUUGAGAAAUUCAGUAAUCUUAAUGAUGAUGCCUCUCUUGAAGAAAUCAUGCCAUCUUAUAUCAUCUUAUUCGAACCUGACCUAUCAUUUGUUAGAAGAGUGGAAAUUCACCGUGCUAUCCACAUGAACUUGCCACCCAAAGUAUACUUCAUGUACUAUGGAGAUAGUAUCGAAGAAAAGAUACACCUGACUGCCAUAAAGAAGGAGAAAGAUGCAUUCACAAGGCUAAUCAGGGAAAACGCGAACUUAGCUCAACAUUUUGAAACAUUAGAAGAUUUGUCCCAUUACAAAAACCUCGCUGCAAGAAAGUCGAAACUAAACAGACUAAAAAGAUCAUCAACAAGAAACGCUGGUGGCCAAUCCGCAUUACAUGAAAGCACACACGAUGUCGUCAUUGUGGAUACCCGUGAAUUUAACGCAUCAUUGCCAGGGCUAUUGUUUAGAUAUGGUGUUCGGGUCAUUCCAUGUAUGCUAACAGUGGGCGAUUAUAUAAUAACCCCUGAUAUAUGCAUUGAAAGAAAAUCUAUUGAAGAUUUAAUAGGGUCGUUACAAAACCAUAGGUUAGAAUUGCAAUGUAAAAAAAUGCUGAAAUAUUAUAAGUACCCUACUUUAUUGAUUGAAUUUGAUGAAGGCCAAUCCUUCUCCUUAGAACCAUUCAGUGAGAAAAGGCGUUAUAAACUUAAGGAAUCAUCUACAAUUCAUCCUAUAUCUAGUAAACUGACCCAAGAAGAAAUUCAAAGUAAAUUAGCAAAACUAGUUAUGAAAUUCCCAACUUUGAAAAUUAUAUGGUCAUCUUCACCUCUUCAAACAGUAAACAUCAUACUAGAGUUGAAAUUGGGUCGUGAACAACCCGAUCCCACACUUUCAGUUGGGAUGGGAGGUACAACCAGGAAAACAAAGGUGAACACGAAUGUUGCUACAAAUAAGAAGCCAGUUAGUGACGCUAACCUCUUUACCAAGAUCUUAGGCAUACCAGGUAUCUCUAAAGUCGACUAUUUUAAUAUUCGUAGGCAUUUUAAGAAUUAUGAUGUAUUGAGUAACCUGGCUUUAGAAGAUAUUUACAAUGCUCUGGAUGAUGAGGAGUUAGCAACGAAGUUAUAUUCAUUUUUCCAGUAUGAACAAUUAGAGAAUGAAGGUACCGAUAAAGACGAUGAUGUAGAAGAUGGUAAUGAGAAUAUGGAGGAUUUUGAUGACGAUGACGAUGAUCAUCUAGAACAACUUAUGUAA